GAGUAGUGGUAGCUAAGACUGAAGAGGGGAAGAAGGCGGCCGGGGCGGGGGGAGCGCUCCUGAGAGCACUGAGGGGCGGGCAGGGGGCGGGCGCGAGAGUCACAUAUCUGGUAGGGUAGGCAGCAAGUCCUGCCACUCCCUGCCCCCCGUCCCGAGAUUGGGCGAAUGUUAUUGGCUCAGCCCGCGUGCGAGCGAGCGGCCUCCCGUCGACGGUUAUGAAAAGCAGGCGCGCGCCCCGGUCCCGUGUGCGUCUGCGGGCGUUUUGUUGUGAGUGACCAAAGCAGUGUCGCCAUAGAAGCCUUUCAGCUUCGUAUGGGUCGGCGGAAAGGGUUGCCAGGCGCUUGAGGUAGAAUAUCUUUCUUUUGGCCUUAGUCAGAGGAAGCGCAGGUCACCUUUUUAAAAGCCUGCUUUGAAGCCUCUUCUUUCGUAUUUAUCAUUUAUCCAUAAUAUCCCCCUCCCUUUGUCACAAUUAACCCUCUUUCUCACACACAUAACGCCACACUGACUUCGCGGGGAAUCUCAUGGGUGGAGACUGGCAGAAUAAUCAGCCUUUGCUGUUCUUGCCAAGUGGAAGACGAGGCUACUUCAUAUAGGCUUUCUUUUCUUAUUAACGCCUUUUCUCCGCUUCUCUGCAGGAGGCAUCAUCAGUUGUGCUGAAUGACAUGUGUCCGGCAGAUCCAGCAUCUGAGGUCAGUACAAAAGUCAGUCCAAAAAUGUACGGGGCUGGAUGGGGUCAGUCACCUCCUGGUUCUCAACUGGUUUUAAGUAUUGGUGGGAUGCUAGAAAACCUUUCAGAUCUCUUCAGCGGAGAUUAGAAUGAUACGCUUUGAUUGUGUCUGGUUCGUUUUGAGAUACUGCACACUCAGAGAAUUUAUUCUUUAUCUCAGCAUUGUAACUUACAGGGUAGCUUAGUGGUUAGAGAGUGUCGGACUAGGACCUGUGAGAUCAGGGUUCGAAUCCCAACUCAGCCAUGCAACUUGCUGAGUGACCUUGGGCCAGGCACUUUCUCAGCCUAAACCUCACAGGUUGUUGUGAGGAUAAAAUGGGAGAGGUGAGAACCAUGUGUGCUGCCUUGAGCUCCUUGGAGGAAAGGUGGGAUGUAAAUGUAGUAAAUAAAUAGCAAUGGAUGCAGUGGUUUUGGUAAAUGAGGCUCAUUGUGCUCAUUCCUCAUUUUCCCUUCCUUAGCAGUUUAAAGAGCCAUAUGAAAGGUUCAUACAUCAGCAUCUUCAAUACUAUGGCUAUUUCAAAGGUAAGAAUCUGAUCCCAAUCUGGGAUUGGGUCCCAUACAGAUCGGUUUGUUUUAUUUUAUCUAUCAUUAUCAGGCUCUGUAACUGAUUGUUAUAAAACGUUUUCAGACAUUUCUAAAUGUUUUUAAUUGUUUUGCUGUUUGCUGCCCUGGACUACUUUGAGAGGAAGUGUAGCAUAGAAAUGUAAUAAAUGAAUAGUUCUUAAGGUGCCAAAAGACCCCUCAUUGUAGUUUCCCCCUUAUACCCAAGUUCUAACUAGCCUGAAGCAACACUUGUUGACUUUAGUGGAAUUUACUUCAGAAUAUGUGUAUGCAAUAUCUUAAUUUAUUUGUCUGCCUAAUAUCUGUUAUGUUAGAUCUCUGUAAGGCUUCAGUGAAUUCAGUGAGACCUAUUUCUGAGUAGACAUAUAUAGGAUUGCACUGUAGAUUGACAUAGUCCCUCAUUAUUUGGAUGAUACUGAUAGCUAUGCAUACAAGCUAUGCUGCUGGCAUAUAAAAAGUAGCCCUAGUACUAUAAUGUUAGUUUUAAAUUUUUAUUCAGUGGGUUUUUCAUGCCAGUAUAGUAGCUCACUACAAUAACGAUAAGCUCAGAAAUAAAUUGAUUUUGCCUAUAUUAGUUUGGGCUAGUUUUUCACAUUAAUAGUAGAAUUUUUUCCCCCAGAUGAAAAUGUUCCUCAGAGCCCCAGUUUGCCUCUUGAAAGCUGGAAGAGUUCUUGCCCUGUGUCAAAGCCGGGUAACUUCCACAAGAAAAGUAGAGCAGAAAAUAAUUCAAACAAGAACUCAUUCUGUAAGUAAGCUGUAAGCCUGAUAUGAGAAAUAUAUUGAUUGAUUUGCUGUGAAUGAAAUGUAUGAUUGUGGCCUCAUAGCUGCAAGGCUCCUGGGUAUCUGUAAAUAAAUUUAUUUUGUAUUAUUUCUUUUCCCUUUUCAGGUUCACUUAUGAUGGAGACUGCACUUCUUAAAAGCAACCAACUUCUGUUUGACCAUCCAGAGGGGCCUGGUAUUCCGCGCUUGAGAGAACCUCGGAAUCUUUUUUCUGUUCCCAAUGAUUCUCUGUUGGCUCCACUCUGGCCAGUAGAAUGUGAAGUGAUCAAGGAUUAUAUCCACCACAUUGGUAAUUUCUUGGAUUGAAAUCAAUGUUUUACAUGGUUGAUAAUGUUUUCCUUUAAAGCUUUAUGGCUAUACAAGGACUGUGACUGAAUACUUUUUCAUUUGCACAAAUCCAGAUAACCCACUCCAAAAUGAACAAUGUAAGUUUAAGAUUCUCCUGGGCAGUUAUAAAAAAUGUGAAUAAUACUCAAUCACUUUUCAUAGUUCUUCCAGACUAAAACAAAUAAACCAUUAUUUCAGUUGGCUCUAUGGAGAUGAGAUUCCCAAAUUUGUUGUUAUAAAUGUAUUGUGGAUUAAAUAACCAUUAUGGUGGCAGGAUUUAAUUAAGACCAUUUCUCACAUUCCCUUGUUAUAGCAAAGAAAUCAAUACUUAUGUUAGGAAAAUAUGUAAAAUAUAAUGUGUGAAUAGUGGUAUCAGUAUAUUUGUGAAGCCAAAUACACUGCCAUUUCAGUGUUUGUCACCAGAUGGCAGAGUGUAAGUUUAAUAUUGACUGUCACUCACUUUUUAUUUAAUAAGAUGAGUUAAUGAGGUCAUAAAAUUAAUAUUGUGGGGGGAAAUCUAUGUGUUAGCUGUGACUCAUAACUUGGCAUUAUCAGCAAAUCAUUACUAUGGUCUCUAAUGAAAAUGUUUAUAAAAUAAGCCCCAAGAGUCCGAUCUCUUAGAACCUUCAUUGAUUUGGCUUUUAUGUUGUGUGCUUUCCUUUCUCCAGAGUCCCAGGGCUGGAGAACUUGAUCCAGCUGGUGGGCCAAAUCCUGACAUCUCCCAUGGCUACUUUAAUAGGUGGGCAGGGCCACCCAUCUGUUAAUCCCAUGAUUUACCAUGGCAUCAGGUGACAGACCACAAAGACCAAAUUAGGACCAGUGCUGGACCUAAUUUGGCUUGUAGGCCAAAGUUUUCCUAUCACUACUCUAAUUCAUGUUACAGCAUAUAUAGUUUUCAGUUUAAGUAAUUAAGUAAUUUUAUUUGCAUUCCAUUCUUCCUACUUAUUUGUUUUCCUUGUCAUCCAACUAGAGAUUGAGGGGAAAUACUUCAAUUCUUAUUUAAUGUCUUAUUUUUUUCCUUCUAAAAGUACAAAUAAGGCCACAAUGGAAAUAAAUGUCAUUGUGUAUUUUGUUAGAGUGGGUUCCCCCUGAACCUGAACCUUUCUAUCAGCCAACAGAAAAUGAAAUGGCUCCAGAAGUAGUGGGAGAGGAUCGUGGAACUGUUGUCUAUGUCAUAGAUCCAGGUAUUUGCAUAUAUACACUGACAAUAAACUGUAAUAAAAGAUAUAGUACAUUGCAUAUAGUGUCCGUUCCAGUAAACAAGAAUGCAGGCAUGAAAAAUGUAAACUCGGAAGUCUGAUUUUUUAAACAGCCUGAAAUUAUUAUAAAUAGUGAACAAUUGAAUCCUAAAAAUAGUAGCUGCCUCAAAUUUGUAAAGUUUCUAACAGCUCCAUUGGUAGCCAUUAUGGGGGAAAGCACCUGUGAAACUACAGCAUCUUUAGUUCUUUGCCCUGUUCUUAGAAAAUAGUAAUGGAAGCCAAAUUGAAGUCAUCUUUUUAUUUGCAGCCAGUUUUCAGUGCUAUUUGUUCAUGGUUGCUCAGGACUGAGUAAUUGGUUUUGCAUAAUUGGCACACAUACCUGCUAAUUGAGACAAAACUGCAAUGCUAAGUCAGUGAUAGCUAUGCUUCCUCUUCUGCAGCAACCAAGGGUACCUGUUUCACUGGUUCCCGAGUUGGAGGGUCGAAAGAGCCCAUCAAAUCAGCUGCAGUCAGCUUAAGAGAUCCAGAAGACACCACGCUGUUGUUUGAAUCACGCUUUGAGAGUGGGAAUCUCCAGAAAGCCGUCAGGGUGUGAGUAAGAGGAACUAUCUGGAACUAAAAGAGGGAAAAACCUUUUAAUAUUAUGGUUAUAAUGGGUGUGGAACCUCAAACCUGGGGCCACAUACAGCCCUCCAGGACUCUAACUGGCCCUGGCACUCUUCCUCAGCCCCACCCCUCACUGGUUCUUCACUGCUUCCUCCUCAAGUGCUUUUGUUUGAACUGUGUCCUUGGACUUUGAUUAUUUGUCUUGCUUGCUUGGCUGGAGAGAGAUGGGGAGGGGGUGUAGAAACUUUUCUACAGGUGGAAUGCAGCAUACAGUGGUACCUUGGUUCUCUAAUGGUUUAGUUGUCAAACAAAUCAGCUCCCAAACCCCACAAACCCAGAAGUAAGUGUUCCGGUUAGCGAACAUUUUGUGGAAGCUGAAUGUCCUAUGCAGCUUGAGUGCAGGAAGCUCCUGCAGCCAAUCGGAAGCCGCACCUUAGUUUUUGAACUGUUUCAGGAGUUGAACAGACUUCUGGAAUGGAUUAGGUUUGAGAACCAAGGUACCUCUGUAUUGUACAAAGGUAAGAGUCAUAUUUUUUGUUUUGCCUAUUUUUGCCUCUAGACUUGCCUACUCUUAGGCUGAAAAGAUUCACCACCCUGGGUCUGGGUCAUCAACUGACAGUUCUCUUUAGCUUUUUCUAUGAUCUUGCAUUGGUAUAUCACUUUUUGAGACUUUCUUUAAGUACUAGCGUGCCCAUCAUACAUGCCUAGAUCUUCAAGUGCUGCUCAUCCAUCUGAUGCAAUCCUAAACAGGUCAAACAGUUUUUGAAUAUCUUAUGACCAGAAAUUUAAUGAAUAUAUUAUGGGUAUCUUAGGACCAGAAAUUUAUUGAAUAUAUUAUGGAUAGCUUGUAUUUAUUAUGUUACAUUAUUCCAAAUACCUUUAAUUAUUGCAGUUCUGUGGACAUAUCUGGGCAACUUGACCAGCUCCCUCAAUACUCCCUAAAAAGUCUUAUGGUACCUUAAAGACUAACAGAUUUUUUGUGGCAUAAAAUUUCUGGUAGUCUUUAAGUUGCCACAAUAAAUUCUUGUAUAAUUCUGUUACAGCAAAGUCUCCUCUGAAAUGUCCUUUGUGAAUUUGGCAUUUUAUCUUAUGCUCAACAUCACUAAAGUAUGAAUGCUAGUUUGCUGAGGUUUCCAGUGCUUUGAAAAUGUGUGUGUAUGAAAAUGUCUACAUGAAACCCUAGAACAGAGAUUUUCAAACUGUGUGUCCUGACACAUUAGUGUGUCGGCUGCUGUGUGUAGGUGUGUUGCACUCCUCCCAGGGCUGGGAAGGGGUUAGUUUAACCUCUGGUUUGCUAGUAAAACUGUGUCAUGAAUUGCUGCCUGUCUAAAAAGUGUGGCACCAACAUGGAAAGCCUGGGAAGCUCUGCCCUAGAGAGCCACUUCAAGCAAAUAAAGACAUUGCUGAACAAAAUGGACCAAUGGCGUGACUCAGUAUAAGGCAGCAUCUUAUGUUCCAAAUAAUCAAUAAAAUAAAUGUUGAAGCUGAAUAAGAAACAUAUUACGCAUGCUGUGUUCUGAGGAUAUUUAAUAUUAACAGAAUUUGCUAAACAGCAUCAAAUUAUUAGGUAAGCAUUUCCUCACCAGUGAGCUUGUGUGAGUGCAUUGAAAUAUUUAAAAUAUAUACUGCACUUAGCUUAUCAGUUCUUUGUAGUUUUGAUAGAGCAGCCACUUUCCCAACUGCAUGCAAUUUUUCUGUUGAGCUUUCAGUUCAGCAGUUUUCACACCAACUCUAAACCGAUUUAAGCUCAAAGUAUGGGGUUCUAUUCCAAUCUUGUCCAUUCAUGGUUAUUAGCUAAUGCCCAAUUCAUUGUCAAAGCAAUCAGCUCAUGAAGUUAAGGCAAUUAUUAAUAUGUGUACACACAAUGGCUUGGGCUUAAAUCCAUGCCUUAGUCCCCACCUGACCCUUGAACACUAGAAGCUAUUUAAUUUUUUUUGAAAAACUAUAUGCCAAAAUUCAUGUCUAAUUUAGAUCUGAAUGCAGACAUUGGGGCUUCAACAUCAAGCCAAGUGUUUUUCUUCUCUCUCUCUCUCUACUUCCAUUUUGCUUAACUUCCAUUCAGCCUGAUGAAGCUUCUGUAGAACUCAAAAGUUCCUCAUUAUUUUGUUGGUUCUAAGGAAGCUAAUGUGCAUUUUGGAAUUCUUCUCAUAGAUCAACAGGGCUUCUUUGCUUUCUGUAUCUCCUAUCAACCAACUAUUCAGGGUUAUUAGCAAGCAAUCAUCACUUCAUUUCCCUAAGGAAUUGUUGGCCAAUAGCUAUAACCACACCAACCCAGUUGAUUCAAUUCAAUUCAAUUAAGUGAAGUAAGGGGACUUUCAGAUGCUCUAUUUAUUGAGCAGUUAUCCCAAUCUGUUUGCAGAGAGGCUAGAUGCUGUUGGCUAUUUAGUGAGCAUUCAUCCUGAUUUGAUUGUUAUACAAUUUUUGAUUGAGGUUAUACAAUAUUGCAUCAAGGAAGUGUUAUCUCAUGUUUUCCAGUGUAUUUUCCUGUCACUUUCCUUAUUACAAAAAGUCCAGUCAUGAGGAAGUGGGUUUGUUGCUCAAGACCACCCAAUCAAUUGUAAUUGUGCAACCUGAAUUUUUUUUGUAUGUUAUUGAAUCCCACCUGAAAAUAGUGAUAGUCUGGAAUCACCCUUAGUCUGUAGAAUUUUGAUGAUAUGUAACAUUUCCCUCCAUGGACUGGAAAGUUUCUGAUGGCUUCUUAUGCAUUUUUUCUUGAUUACUGCAUUUCAGAGGCAAGUAUGAAUAUGAACUCACAUUGCGGACAGAUCUUUAUACCAGCAAGUACACGCAAUGGUACUAUUUCAGAGUACAAAAUACUAGAAAGGAUGUCACCUAUCGCUUCACUAUUGUUAAUCUGAUGAAAGCCAAGAGUCUCUACAGUGUAGGGAUGAAGCCUCUCCUGUACUCUGAAAAGGAUGCCGAGUCUCAUGGUAUUGGCUGGAGGAGAGAGGGCAGUAACAUUAAAUAUUAUAAAUAUAACACAGAAGAUGGUCAGACCCUAUAUUGCCUCACCUGGACAUUUCGUUUUCCACAUAGCCAUGAUACAUGUUAUUUUGCUCACUUCUAUCCUUACACCUAUACAGAUCUGCAGCACUACCUCAUGACUUUAGUAAAUAAUCCACUCUGUUCUCAGUAUUGCAAACUUCGCCCUCUAUGCCGCAGUCUAGCUGGGAACACAGUCUACCUCCUCACUAUUACCAAUCCAUCCAAAAGUGCCAUUGCUGCUGCUGCAAAGAAAGCUAUUGUACUAAGUGCCAGAGUUCAUCCUGGGGAAACAAACAGUUCGUGGGUGAUGAGAGGCUUCCUUGAUUUCAUCUUAAGUGAUUCCCCUGAUGCUCGACUCCUUCGGGAUCUCUUCAUAUUCAAGGUUGUGCCCAUGCUAAACCCAGAUGGAGUAAUUGUUGGAAAUUACCGCUGCUCACUGGCAGGAAGGGACUUGAACAGGAACUACAGAACAGUACUGAAGGAAUCCUUUCCUUGCAUUUGGCACACCCGAGCCAUGAUCAAAAGGUGCGUGACAAACCAUUUUAUGAACUGGAUCUGAAUACCUGGGAGCAGAGUGGGUGAAAUUCAGAACCACACAAAGGAAACCAUUAUAGAGCCUUUGUGACUAAAUGUGCAUUUUUAGUAAUCUAUAUAUAUUUUUCAAAUUGAAAAGAUUAUGUAUAUUGGUUUAAGAGUCUGCACUGGAAUUGUGUUUUAAUCUGUUUUUAUUGUUUUAUCAUGGUUUGUUGCUCUUGAUUUGGGAGUGUUUGCAAAUGCAGAUCAUGAAGGAAAAGAAAUAGUUCUUGAGACAACUUUAAAAAUUGAAUACUUGUCUUUCCUGGGAAACAUAAAAAGAUAGUUACUGUGAACAUGAGGGGGAAUGCUGUGCAUGAACAGAGAUCUGUCCAUAGACAAUUUCCAUGGCAGUUUUGUGUAGUGUAUGCAACUAUAGUCGCAACAGAGCAUUCCUAUACUUCCAUUAUAACUAAGGAGAGCAAUAAUCAGAUUGAAGCACAUGGUCUCUAAACCUGCACAGUAGUGUUCAUGCUUCAGUCCCUUCUCCCUGAACAUGGGAGAGAGGCAGAGACUGCAGUAACUGCGAUUAUAUUUACCCCUUUUCUCUUGGGGGGUCCCAUGGGAGCUCUGUGGGUGCAGUGGCUGAUCUUCCUUGUGUAUCUGUGAUCCUCAUGAGCGUUUGGCCAACAGUGGCAAUGGCUGCAGUGCAGUGCCUGGCCUUUGCCAAAAGAGAGUUUACCUGUGUAUGGGGCUGAGUACCUCCUGUGUGUAGGACACAGCUUUCUGCUGUUGGAGGAGGAAAGAAUGUCAUAGCACAUACAGUUUGCACAAGAGGAUAUAAUAUUCACAUAUGGAAAGAUGGGUGGGGAAAUGAAGGGAAAUGAUGUUAUUUUGCCAUUUGUGCCAGUACCACAUGCUGUUUGGUGCUUUUCAUGCAUGGCUAAUAUGUGAAUGGCACUGGUGGGCAACAUUGUGACUGAUGAAUGGUGAUAGAGUUACCCAGAAAGCUGUGGGAAUGUCUGCCAGUGUUGCUGUGGUUUCUUUUGUUCCUACAGCUGUUACUGUGCUUUCUGCUUAGUUGUUGCAACUCCAUGGUAUUGCAACUACAUUAAUACAGCAUUAACUGGGAACAUAGGAUCAGGUUGCCUUUUUACCUUAAAUAAUGAAGCAUCGAAUAGAGGCCUAGCUUAAGGGAUUUCAUUCAUUCAGGAAUGCUUCUAGAACUUGUUCCAACUACUUAAUUCUUCCACAUCGGUGGGAAAGAAAUAGAACAGUAUGGUUAUUAGUGUGCAGCCAGCUAGCCAUUUAUAUGUUUAAUUGGGUUUGAUUUCUUUGCAAGGGUCCUUGAGGAUCGUGAAGUUCUGUUGUACUGUGACUUCCAUGGACACAGCCGGAAGAAUAAUAUAUUCAUGUAUGGCUGUAACAACAAAUAUGCACAAGAGCGAUUAUUCCAUGAACGAAUCUUUCCUCUUAUGUUAAGCAAGAAUAUUCCUGACAAGGUGGGGUAUAGUUUAUAGGAAGAUCUUAGUUCAUUAUGAAUUAUGUGUUGGAAAUUACCUUUUGCUGCAAUGUGUUUUCCUGUUUCAGUUUCUUCACUCAGUUCUGAGUAAAGCAUGUCUCCACAUUUCCUUAUCUCCUGGGUUUUUUAAUGAGAGUGUCUAUAAAUUACCUUAAAGCUGGCUAUUAUAUCUGGCCUACUACUCUUAUCAUGAUAGGAAGAUACUUUUAUCUUCCUAACAAUUUACAUUAUAAUGCCCAGAUCACUUAGCUGAAGUAAACAUUCUGGCUUAUAUUUUUUAGAUUCAGUCAUUCCACACUUGAAGUGAUAUGACAGCAGAUGAUGCAUAUUGAAUCUAGGUUGUUUUUUCCUGCUUUGAGCUAAAAUAUAAUUUCAAACAAACUCUUCAUUUGGUUCCAAUAUGAGAUUAGUAAAACAUUGGGUGAUAUCCAGCUAAGUCAUACUCGGAAUAGACUCACUAAAAUCAAUGGGCUAAAGUCCAUUGAUGUUAGUUUGUCUGUUCAAUGACUAACAUUAGAUGUCCAGAUUAGUUAAUGUAUACAUAAAAUGGGCUUGGGUGAUGAUAAUUUAGGAAUUGACUGGGAAAUAAUAUAUGUUGAAUAUACAGGAAUUUUUAAAAUACUAAGAACGGUCCUAUAUAGUAACGUAAAUAGAGAAGAUGUUCUAGUAUUUCAAGAGGUGUCUGCUUGGCCACUGCGGGUUAGAUGGACCCUUGGUUGAUCCACCAGGGCUUGUCUUAUGUUCUAAAGAGAGAUAAUAAAUUAGUUCUUAAAAUACAAUCUAAUUUUACCAAUCUGGAUGUUUAGUUUUCUUUCAACAGCUGUAAGUUUCAAGUCCAAAAGUGCAAAGAAGGAACAGGACGGGUUGUGAUGUGGCGAAUGGGGAUAGUGAAUAGCUAUACUAUGGAAUCUACAUUCAGUGGGACAACUCUGGGUAAGUGUACAUUUUUGUCCAAGACCAAAGCAGACAUUAUCUGUCAAUGAAAAGCUGGUGGUAUACCGCAGUACAGUAGUGGGAUGUAGCAAAGGAGUGACUGACUUUUGGGGGGGGGGGGCGACAUUCACUUUUGGCCAGCCUUCCAGGGAUCACAUAGCAGCUGUGAGUGUAGCUGCCCCACAUUAUUGCAACCACAGGACACAUACAUGCACAUGCAUGCAGAAUACACACAGAGGCACGCAGAGCCUUUCCCCCCAGCUGAUCCAUUAUCACCUCCAUCACAUCUAUUUUUCCAUUAUCAUGCUCUGUAAUUUCUGGCUUGUCUUAACACUGGAUAGAAAGGUAGGAAGAAAGAAAAGAAAGAGGUUAAGUUAUAACCUCUGUUUCAAUCAUCAGUGUAUUUAAUAGUUUUAAAAGACAUUCGGCAUAUAAUUUUUCCAUGCUGGAUGUUGUGUACUGGAGUGUAAUUUGCUAAAGACUGAAGAACUACUUGUCUGUUUGUCUUUCUCAGGCAAUAAUAAUAACUCUCAUUUUACCUAUGAGGAUCUCAAAUCUCUGGGCUACCAUGUCUGUGACACCUUAUUGGACUUUUGUGACCCUGACCGUUCUAAGGUAAGAGUUUCCUGUUACUGCUAAGCAGGGUCAAAGGACAAUGAUGGACCAGCCAGCGUCUUUAACUAUUUCCUGUUUUUCUGAGACCAGCCUCUGAUACUGCCUUUUUUACUUUUCACAUUUUGAAAAGGUGUCUAUCGAAAGCCAGAGAUAUUUGGAUUUGUAAUGGAAGCAUGGUCGGAUACAAAUCUGAGACAUGCAUUUAGCAAAGCUCCUAGUUUCCUCUCGGCUGCUCAUAUAUCUGAGAUGUGCAAAAAUCUUCAAGUAGCUAUUAUUUAUUUCAUAAAUUUAUAUACUGCUUGAUUGUAAGAAAACCCCCCGAAAGUGGUUUUAAAAAACCUUGAAAUGGUUAGCAAAUCUAUUCUACCCUGAGUGCUUCAAUUCUGCUCAGAUGAGAUAUUUGCUAACCAAAAAACUGCAUUAUGUAAGUUUUUAAUCGGCAGUUCGUCCAUGCUUUCUACCCUUUCUUUUAGUUUCAGCAAUGCCUAUCUGAACUUAAGGAACUACUGAAGCAAAAAAUCCAGAGAAAGCUCUCAGAGCUGGGCCAUGUACAAAACAUAGAUGGUACUUGGAGUGACAUCUCUCUAUCAGAUGUUGAAUCCAGGUAACUCAAGUCUGCAAGCUUUUACUGACUCGAACCUUAGAGAAAUGACAAGGAAAUAGUGCUGACAACAGGUGACGUUCCAGGCUUUAUUGACAAAUUAAAACCUGACAUAUCACCCAGUCCAAAUGGCAUCUACUAAAAAGUUAUUAAAGAACUUAAAUGUGAAAUUGCUAAUCUUCUUUAAAAAUAUGUAAUUUAUCCCUAAGAUCAGUCCCCAUACCCAAGGAUCAGAUGUAAUACCAGUGUUUUUUUAAAGGAUCAGAGAUGAUUUGGGAUAUUACAGGCCAGUUAGCUUACCAUCUGUUCCAGUACUGAUAAUUGAUUCCUACUCUCUGCUUCCUGUUUCUUAACUAAUUACUGACUCAUAAGAGGAUCUCUCCUCUUAUUCCAUGCCUGCUAAGUUUACCCAGGAAACAUUGGUCUAGGAUUUUAUGAAAAGCUUUUUCAAAUUCUAAGUACACAAUGUCAGCUGGAUCAUCUCUAUUUCACAUAUAUUGCACAGGAGGCAGAAUAGCAGUUGCUGGAAACCACAGGAGGAAAAAGUGCUCUUGUGCUUGAAUCCUGCUUGCAUGUUUUCCAGCCACUGUUCAGCCACUGUGAAAACAAGAUAUUGGACUAGAUGAGCCAUUGGCCUAAUCCUGGGGGUCCUUCUUAUGUUCUUAUGUUGCCCUGCAUCAAUGGUUUCCUUUUCCUUUAAUUAGCACAAGUGGCUCAGACAGUUCCCAGUCAGAUGGCCCCCCUGCACAUUUGCUCAACAUGGAUGAGAAGGUGAGAGUUAUUCAUUUUUUGGUGAACAAAUGUACCUGGAAAAAUAUAAAAACUUCAAUAUCCUGGUCCCUUGUAAUGGAAUGGGGACACUAACCUUACCACAGAUUGGGUUGCUAUUGAUGUUAGUGGCUCAGAAAGAGACCAUUACAGGAGAUGUGCAUUCUGUUACUGGAAAGAAAAAAUGCACAUAUUUUAAAGGAUUUAAUGAAAAAUGGAAAUAAUUGAUUGAUGAGGCUUUUUAUUUUGUUGCUGUAUCUGUUUUCUAUAGUUUAUUUUCCUCAUGCUUUUUGUACUAAUUUAUUGUCAAUGAAAAGUAUGCUAGUGGUAUUGUAAUCUACGCAAAUAUGUUUUUUUUCAAUACUAAGCUUGUUUUGAUACUAGCAAUUGAAAUUCUACAUUGUAUAGUCACACUGGCUGUUUUUGGAAAACACAUUUCAGCAAGUUCUUUUAAACAUGCCUUAAAAGGCUAGGCAUUUCUGCAAGAGAAGGAGGUUCUUUCCAUUUGCCUUUUUCUGUUUAAAGGACACAAUUAAUAUCCUAGUUCUUCAGUGAUAUAGCAAGGAGUGCUCAGUCUCUAAAUAUUUUAAAAAUCUACACACACCCCAUAGUUGAGUUGAUUUUGUCAGUUGUUUUCUGUGAGAUGCCUUUGAGACCUGUUUCCACAUAGCAGUUGCUAGAGUAAAACAUGCAUGAACUGGAAGGAGAAUUGCAUUUUCCUGCCAAUAAUGUAGUGUGGUUUUAAUGCUGGGAAAAUGCAGCCACAAAAUUUUUAUUUUGAAUGAAGAUAACUGGACUGCCUGAAACAAAUAAGUAAAGCAGGCACUUCUGUCUUUCGGAAGAUGACAAUUUGUACAAGUCCUAAGAAAACUAUGCUACUGGUUGCUAUUGGAGCCUGGAUAGGUAACUUAUUAGGACUAUGCUGUGAAAAAGAACAAGAAUUAUACUGUGGGUGGGACUUAAGAACUGAGCAGAAAAAUACAACAAACACUGGGAGAUAAGCUGUAUUUCCUAUGCUUGUUGACUCAGAAGUAAAUACAACUGUGUUCAACAGAACUUACUCAAAUGUAAGUGUGCACAAGAUUACAGCCUAAAUGCCACAGAGCAAUCUCAAUAAUUUCUAAAUUAUUAGUUAUUUGGAAUCUAGGAAUACUUUGGUCGCUGAAGGAAAUAGAAAUGGACUUUAAGGCCUGGUUUGCAUGUCACACUAAACCAUACCAUAGUUUAGCAUGAACAUGCAGGUGUACAAGCUGUUUGAGGGGAAACCAUGGCUACUUUGCUGCUCCCUGGUCAUUCUGCUGCUGUGCUGUGCUAAGCUACGGUUUGGUUUAGCAUGCUGUCUGAACCCAGGCUCAUGCCUUAGCUCUCUCAGACAAGCCAUAAGACAAUCAGUUGCAGCUUGUGAUUAGCAGACUCUCCAAGUGUCCCUAUUUUCUAGGGACGUCCCUGAUUUAGAGAAACCAUCCUGGGUUCUGAUUUGAUCCCGGAAUGUCCCACUUUUCCUUAGGAUGUCCCUAUUUUCAGUGGAGAAAUGUUGGAGGGUAUGGAGUUAUCUGAUCCCCCAGCCGUCUGAAGGCAAUCCUGAUUAGGGAAGGUUGUUUAAUGUUUAAUGUUUACUAUGUUUUUAUAUAUGUUGGAAGCCGCCCAGAGAGGCUGGGGCAACCCAGUAAGAUGUGUGAGGUAUAAAUAGUAAAAUUAUCAUUAUGGAAUGGGAUGCCCUUAUUUUCACUGGAGAGAACUAAACCACAAGCCUGGAUUUGGCAAAAUGUUAUGCCAAGCCAUGGCUUAGCUCAGGAUUGCAGAUCAGCAGAAAGACUAGGGAGAAGCAAAGUUGCUGAAAUCUCCUCUCGGAAUCUUUAUGCUUGUUUAGUUUAGUUUAGCAUGCAAACAAAACCAUUGUUUGACUGCAUUUAGGUGGUAAUCGGGAACACUUUCACAAUUGUGUUGUUAUGUUUUUAUUCUCUGAAGGAUUUUAAUGAGAAGAAGAAAAAGAAGAAAAAGAAACAACUCAGAACAAGGAAGGAAAGGAAUGAGUUGCAUCAGAAACUUACUCUGAGUCAAACACCAAAACAUAAGAAAGAUAUCCUGGUAAGAGGCAAAUUAAAACAGACCAGAUAAGUGCCUUUGCUGGAGGAGGACAGCCAGCUAGAAAUGUUUCCCAAUGGAAUGCAGUUCAACUGUUUGGAUAUUUCACUAGUUUUCUGUCUAGUGAGUGUUGCUUUUUUUCUUUUUUAAUUCCUGUAUUGUUGAAGUGGUCUAGGUUAUUCUCAUGACUGACACUUUUAUGGGGCUGAAUGAGACACUUGCCUGAAGCCUCAGGCCUCAGGAUCAGUCCCUUUUCUCCCCCCUCACAGUCCCACCCCAUCCCCACAAGUGAUUACUCUUACCUCCCCAGUUUUGCUCACAUCAUCCUCAUCCUCAUUUUUUAUUGUCCUACACAGUAAAUUGAUGGUGCGCUGCCUCCAAACGUCUUUUAAGUUUGGUGCCACUCCUCCUACUCCUCUGUUACUGGCCAUAGCCAGGCCUCUACUGACUGACUGGUCACUUACCACACUACUGUCCUGCAGCAAGCCUGGGCAGUGCUGCUAUUUCUUGAGAAAUCUAGGUGGGUCACUCAUUGUCUCAUGGAAAGGUCUGGCUUUCUUGGGCUGCCAGGUGGCAACAGGGGUUGCCAGCGCUUGUUGGGUUGGCUGUCUGAUACUGUCUACUGACAUAACUUAGUAGAGCUUCGUUGUUAGAAAGACAAGCAGAAGCUUCUCAUCUUCCUCAGUCCUUCAUCAUUGACAUGACUGCACUAACUAGCCUGGGCAAGACAUGUAGUGGUUUGGGAGGUGCACUUUUUAGAGUGGAAGAUUUUUGAGGUCCUACAUGCCCCCAAAUCUGGCUGUUCAGCCAGCUACCUCACUCUGUCACAUUUUGGCUCUACAGCCAGCUUGCUUCCUGCUUUGAACAUUAAGUCUCCACACUCCUUUCCCACUUUCUGCUGGCUGGGAGGGAGUGCCAGUGAGAAAAAAGUGGAGGUGCUGGCAGCAUCCUGCCUCUUUCUGUGCCUUUGGUUUUCCUGCAAUUCACUCCUCCAGGUAGAGCGUGCUAGUUCAGCUGAGCAGCAGAAGGGAGAGUGAAUGAGCAGGUUUAUUGCUGUGUUUUGUGCAAGUCCAUAGCAGCAGUGGAGGGAAGUGUGUGUUCCCAUGCCUAUACACCUACCUACCCCAGUCUGACCUAGUGGCAGAAGGAGACUGAGAGAGAACGCUUCUUUCUUAUUCCUUACACCUCUUCUUCUUUCCUACCUGUACUCCUUCUCUUCUUGAAGCCAUUGACCUUGCAUCAUUGUCCAAAUAAGAAAACUUCUGACAUGUGAAAGGGAAGAAGGGAAAGAGAGAGGAAGAGUGUGUGCCAGAAUCCAGACAAUGAUGUUUCAUAGCUGUGCUAUCCCAAUAGCAGACUAUAUAUAAUCACACACUCAGCCAGUUCCUACAGACCAGCUUCAAUCUUGUUGUGCACCAGAGUAGAGCUUUCAUAGAUCAUAGUCAGCUUCACCAGAUGCAGUCUUGAAGGUGCCACAAGACUCCCCCUCUGGAAAAUUUAGUGUAUGAGGAAUAAUAGAGAGCAAGAGUGAGAGAGCUGCUGUUGUCAAACAAUACCAUGAAGAACUUUGGUAGUGGUAAACGUAAGUCAGUGAGUGUGGGUAUGACAAUGAAUAUGCCAUGCUCUAUGUCUUUCACAUUGUAUCUGUCAACAAUGGGGCAUGCAUAACCCAGCUGUAGAGGGGUACCACUGAGCCUCUUGGGCUUGCUGAUUAGGAGGUCAGCUGUUUGAAUCCUCAUCACAGGGUGAGCUCCUGUUGCUCAGUUCCAGCUCCUGCCCACCUAGCAGUUUGAAAGCAUGCCAGUGCAAGUAGAUAAAUAAGUACCGCUGUGGCAGAAAGGAAAAUGGUGUUUCCGUGCACUCUGGUUUCCAUCAUGGUGUUCCAUUGCGCCAGAAGCAGUUUAGUCAUGCUGGCCACAUGACCUGGAAAGCUGUCUGUGGACAAAUGCCAGCUCCCUCGACUUGAAAGCGAGAUGAGCGCCGCAACCCCAUAGUUGCCUUUGACUGGACUUAACUGUCCAGGGGUCCUUUACCUUUUUUUGUUAACCUUCUAGUGUUUGUGAGAGAAUAUGGGGGCAGGACAAUAGAUUAUGUUGGAAAUUAAGCAGUGUGUAGGAGUGAUGGCUAAUAUCUCUCUGUUUAUGAAUGAGAGGUGUGUGAGAGCACCCUGAAUGUGGCAGAGGCACCAUUUACUGCUCUGCCUCAGGUAGCAAAAUGUAUUGGGCAGGGCCUCAGUAUUCAGCAGAAACAAUCACUGUUUUGUUAUAAUUUGUUCAUGACUUCUAAGGCAGCCCUCCUAUUAGCUACACUGAGCCCUUUAUCUCAGGAGGUGGAUUGGGAGUAGAGAAUCUACAUGCUCCCUCUGGCCUGGCCACCCACCCACCACCAUUUUGCCUGCUGCCACCAACCUGCCCAGCUUCCAGCUACCCUCCUGCUGUCUACUGUGCAGCAGCCAGUGGCACCCACUACCGAGCAUUUUAGGAACACCACUGCUUUUCCACUGCAAUGCUGAGUUAUUCUGGAAUGUCCUUCCUUAGUGUAAAGCACCUCGGGCAAGGUGACUCCAGAGAGCAUCUGUGCCUCCCCCAUUUUUCAACAGCAAAUACUGUUUAAAGUUCAACUGUACGAAAUACAAAAGUUUGUUAAUGGCACAGGAUUGCUGUGAGGAAGCAGGUAGCCUUGUUAGUGUCUCACACAUAAUUAUUUUUCUUUUUAAGGGGUCAUAUGAAUGAUCUGUACCUAAAGGGUACAGUAGGAGACCUUACACCUAUUUUUUUUUUUAAACUCCACAAUUAUAAAUGUGACAUUUUUAAAGAUUACAAAGCAGAGUGGGGAUGAAGGUAGUUGUUCCUUGUCAUCAUUAUGGGCACUAUCCGCUAUACCCUUGCAGGUUAAUUAUAGUUCCUUAACAUCCAUCUGUCCAGCACACAGCUGUUAACAUUUCUUAUAUGCUGUGGUCUAAUUAACUAGAUUGUGAUUCAUUAGUAGUGGUAGUAAUGAUAAUAGUAGCAAGGGUUGCCAUAUUUCAAAAUGGUUAGUGGGUAUGCUGUUUUUCUUCAACUGUCAAUAAGUGGCUGCCUACUCUUUUCCUAAACAGGAGAUAGUUUAGUUGCACAUAUAGCAACGCCAUCCAAUGCAUACCUAAAGGUUGCAUUCAAUGGUAUAUCUUAUAGUAACAGAAGAUUAUUUAAUCCAUUGGAGACUUGCUUUAGCCAAGUUAGGGGGGAUUUUUGUCAAUUCCUUCACUACAGUACCCAUGCCACCUGCACAUAGUGUUUGAAAGGGUCAUCCAAUCCACUGGAACAGAUUUUGGAGGCACGUAGGGGUCUGCAGGAAGGUGGAAUCAGCACAAAUUGGUUCUAUCCUCAUUCCAUUGACAGAAGUAGCCACUGAAUCAAAGAGCUUUCCAUCAGCGGGAGUGACACAGUUGGAUAUGACCCUAAGAUUCUGUCAUAAUCCCCCCUCUUUACAGAAAAGCAUGGGGGGUAAUUGCAUUUUGUAGACUGAAAUUCACUACGAUCUACUUUGGAUGUGAAGAGUUCCAUAUUUAAUCCCUGAUUAUUUUCAGAAAAAUAAUCUCAUAGCAAGGCUGAAAGAAAGAUCUGCCUGAGACCAGGAAAAGUUGCUGCCAAUCAGAGUAAACAGGCCUGACUCAGUUUAAGAAGGUUCAUAUGUUCAACUAGAUACACCAAAUAAAAUAAAUACAUAAGUCAAACAAAAAACAGGAGUAUUCUUUCACAAAGUGUUCCAUUUAUAGUUGUGUCUACACUAGGGUGUCAAUAUAUAUAUGGGGCACUGUUCCCAUGUUUGUGUUGUGUGUGCCUUCAUUCACACGCUUUCACACUGUUCAUAAGUAUGACAUGCACUGAUACUCCUAUCAUUUUGGCACCAAGCCAAGAUGUAUUUGUUUGCUCAGGCAUUUUAAUUUUUUGUUUUGUUUUAAUGUCUUUCUCUGCUUUGUUUGUUUGUUUGGCUACCUCUGUGCAUUUUUUAUGAGUUUGUUCAUUGUUUUAUUGAUAUGGUUAUUAUAGUUUAUUUUCUGUUGCAGCCUGUCCUUUUAUAAGAAUUGGAAGGGCAGGCAGUAAAUAUUUUAAAUUAAGAAUAUAUCAUACACAAAUGAUAAACUCAAAGACACACAUUUUCUUAGAAGACAAUACAGAAAGAAUGCAAAAUAAGGCAGUGGUGUAGCUAGGCCUUUUGCUGCCCAGGGCAGUCACUGAGUUUGCUGCCUCUCUCACUGUUCAUCAUCUGUGAGCCCCACCUCCAUCAGCUACAGAGCCUGGCAGCCUGUGGGGCAGUCCCUUAUGAUGCAGGGUUGUGGGUUAAGAUGAAGUGCUGACUCCUCUCCACCAUCAGCUUCAGUGCAGCUGAAGCCCGACUUCCACUUAAGACCAUCAGCAGACCACAUUAAGAGUCCCAGAAUGGGGCCCAGUGGAGGCUGAACUGGGCAACCAAAGGAUCCAUUGGAUCCUACACAAGCACACUAAGAUUAGAGAUCUAAUUUGUGUUUCUCUACUGUUCCAGCUUGGUGCAGCAAAACCUCAAGAAAAUAGCCCUUCCCACCAUCCACCCUUCAGUGCAGGAACCAGAAGGAAUUCAAACUGACAGUGGAUCUCCCACUCUCAUCAUCCUUCAGGGCACAGUUAGCAUUGUUCUGUAGGACUGGAGAGAUGCAAUUUCAGAUAUUCAAUCAGCCACAAAUUGACCAUCUGACCUUGGGCCAGUCACUAUUUCUCAGCUUAUCCAAUGGUCAAUGGUAUUUUAUUUUCAGUGUAAAUGAGACUCUGCUUUUGUAGUUGGUUGUAUACACAUGGCAUAAACAUGUAAGUUGCCCUCUAGAUCCAAACACACACACACACAUUAUAAACAAGCAAUACUCCAAAGUGCUUAUCUUCUAAACUUGCCAUUUAAAUGGUUUAAUCCUGAUAAAAGAUCCUGUUUCCAAAAAGGACAGGAGAUGGUAGUCUGAUCUCUUCACCACUUUUAAUUGAUCUCUGAGACGUUGAGGGGAGGAAAAUAAUAAGGGGGUUGGCCGGGUUGGCUGGGCUGUGUGCACAUUAUUGCUUACUCCAGCUUUGCUUGGAGGGAAGCCUUCCCCCAACCUUUCCUCUCUCCAGGUUUUCUCUCUCACACAGUUGCAAAACCAGACUGGGCAGCAGCCCAUCUUCUGCUUCACGGGGAAAGGGGAAGGAGGAUCUGCAAAGGAAAGGGGAAGCAGAAUCGCUACGGGGCACCAGGCACCAUCCUGCCAGCAAAGUGCGGCUAGAGUUAGUUGCCAGGUGAGAGGAGGCGCAGCGAGGGAGGAUGACGGAAGGAGCACACAUCCACCCCACCAGCCAAGCACCGCCUGGGGUGGCCUGCCCCCUGUACCCCUCCCUAAAUAUGCUCCUGAAACAAGGCAACUAAAUGGCACAUUGUAGGUCAUCAAAAAGAGGCAUCUACUUUCUUAUUUCCUGAAGAUUGUGGGAGGGUGUAAUUAGAUAGGAAGGCAAUCUGCCUGUUCUGUAGCCAGCUCAGCUUGGCAUGCCUAAGAUUCAUCACAUAUACAGAGACAAUUUGAUCAUUAGCAUUUGCCAAUGGCACAGGGAGAUGGGACCAGAGGUGUAAAUCAAUUUCUUUGGCUUUCUUGUCAGAUGGUGGGAAGAGGCAAACCUUCCCUGCAGGUGUGAAAGAGUUGUUUUGAGUGGAUGUGACCUACAAGUAGUUUCUGGAUUCAAAUAAGUUCCACUGAGGGGACUAAAAGUAGAGGGUACUAGCUUCUUGCUGCAAUCACAUCAAUGGCAUUAGAUAACUAUGACUUCUCUUAUUGUAUCUCUGCUGGUGAAAGAGGAAGCCAAUGAACUUUCACCAUUGUGUCACCCUGUCUUGUACUCCAAAUCUGUUAGCAUUAGUAGCAGGUUGUGAGGCCCAGACAAAACCAUGCUGAUGUUCUUCACCAACUGCUGGUUGGUCAUCCUGAUCUGAUUAAUGGAUGAGUAAUCAAUGAAAUGACUUUAUAAAAAAGAUAUUGGUGAAAGGACGUUUUCAUUAUUAUUUUGCAUUUUAAGACCAUUAGCAAGGAUUGUGUUUUAAGAACUCUAAUUGUCAAGGCACAUUAUAUCAAUAGACCACCCAUAUCCAACUAUUUGAAUUGAUUUAGAAUGCAUGAUGUUCCAGAACUCAUGUUUAUUAUUGAUCAGAUGGCAGGCAUACAUAUUUGCCUAUAUGUACAAUAUUAAAUUGAUAUAUGUUCACUUCUGUAACUACAGAGACUAUUCAACCUUCAACCAUGUGUAAAGUAUCUUGUGCUGAAUGGGACUCUCUCUGUGUGACCGUUUCCUCCUCUGAAUUUCUCGACUCUCCUCUGCUUUUCCUGUUUGAGUGGAAUAAGGAGUCUCUGUUAAGAGACCUUGGACAGCAUCCCAUUGAAUCCUUUCACUGUGAUUUCAGAGUGAGCCAAGGUACCAUCUCUCUAUUAAAUUCCUUUAGGAAAGCACAAUUUCUCCAAGUGUUGAAAAAAAUCAUAGCCUUUCCAAGAGAUCAUGGAGAGACAACAGUUCAGAACAGAAGAACAAGCAAAUGAAUCAAGUACUCUGUGUGUGUCAGGUUGGUUUGUGGAAUCUAAUUUUCUGUUACAAUUCACCGUAUGCUCAGUGCCUUUCAGAUGAAAUUUAUAAGUGUAUCAGUACACUAAAGAACUGCAUUACACAAUUCAUCUUGGAGACUGACCCAUGAUACGAAUAAUAAAGGAAUGUGCUUGAAAUAAAUAUUUGAAAAAUACUUUAAGGAAAUGUUAGAUUGGAUAUAGUGUUGAAGCAUAAAAUUGUUCCCUUUUGAGUGCAUAUGUUGUAGGUGGCUGCACAAAACGUAUUGCCACACUAGGCAUAAUGUUUUAUCUUAAUUACUAAAAUAACAUGUGGGCAGUGGACCAUUUCAGUGGUUAUUUGGCGACCAUACAUUCAGAGAGCUGUAACAAAAAUUUAAUAUAGGGCUUUGGUUUUCAAGCAGUGUGCCGUGGCACUCUGGGGUGACUUGAGGAACAUUCAGGAGAGACAAGGGGGCUGUCCUUUCAUUAACUUGUAGCUCAUAUCUUCCUUCAUUAUCUCUCUCUUUCCUGCUUAGGAACAUUCAGGGGAGCUGGCAGCUUUAACUUGCAGCCCAUUAUCUUCCUGAAAUUAAACAACAGCAAAAAAGUGGGGAAACACUUUUGCAUGACUGUAUCUUCUUAAAAUCUUCCCCCCAACAAAAAUCCUCCUCUCAGCUUCACUAAGUAACAGUUCCUUAGUUUUACACAGAGGGCUUAAGAAAUGCAAGAAAAUAGCAAAGUAGCUUGAUGGUGUGUGUGCCAAGAUGUGUGUGUGCUCUAUAAGAAGGGAUUUAAAAUAACCUCUUCUGUGUUUCCCUCUCCUACCUCCAACAGCCCUCCCUCCCUCUUCUUCUCUACCUCUCGCCACAGGCACUCCCCUCUUCCUUAAAAGUCACCAAACUUUAUCAAGACAGGGAGAAUGUUGCAGAAAAGGACAGUGUCAACUUACACAACAAGGUCAAACCGAUAGUUACGUAAAUUCAACUAACAAAUAUACCCACAACGUAACUAGCUGUGUUUAACUAUAUAAAUUCCUUAUACAUCAUAUAAACAUAACUCUUUUCACAUUAUCUAAUUGAGUAGAGGAAAUUAAGGACCAAUAUUUAGAACAGGAAAUACAAAUAGAUCAGUUCUCAUAGAUGUAAUGUCCAAAUAGAAGCUUUUGUGUUCUACGUAUGUAAAAAUGAAUCAGUUUUUUAAAACUUAAUGUCCAAAUAAAAGCUUUUUGUGUUCCACGUAUGUCUUGGCAAAUACAAGUGUCAAACGCAACAAUUUUAAGGAGCAGGCUUGCAAAAGAUGAACUCUUCUUUGUAAUUUUCCACAUUUGCCUUUGCAAUGUAUAGUUGUUGUAUGCAGCUGCUGUAUGCAGGUAUCAGACGAAGGAUACGAAAGAUCUUAACAUGUGCCUUUGCAAAAUAUAGUUGUUGUAUGCUGGUGUCAGACGAAAUAAUUUAAUACGUGACAAGGAUUCCCGGAAUAAUAACAAAAUAUUUCUCCUUCUGAUGUUAAUCUUGUUUCACCCUCCCUCCCCACAUUUGCACACUAAUUUAGGAAAAGGCAUGCUGGGGAUGCCUUGCGGGAUGAAUUAGCUCGGCCCUGCAGCGCAGUGGCAUUGCUUGGGUUCCCGUCGACACAUGCGUUCCUACUUAUAUGUCCCCCAAAAAUGGCACCGAAAAGGGGUGUGGCGGAAUGGGGUGGGGGCGGAACGGGGAAACCCCCACUUAUGCAUGUCCUUUAAUGGAACCCCAGUGUAAGUGACUUCCACAGGGGAGCAGCAAAAAGAACAUGGUUGGUCAAGGGAGCUGUGGACUCAGGUUGAAAACCACUGAUGAUAUAGGGUAUCACAAAGAUGACUGACAUCACAGCAUAUAAGAAACUACAAAGAGAUGCUUGAACCAAGAGCUCUUUUAAUAUUGCCAAGGAAAUUUAACAAGAUUAGAGGGGGCUAAAAAAAUGCUUUGGAAAAAUCCUACAGUACACUUUGGACACACCAAAGAGAGAUGAGAAGAUAUAGAAAUAACCAAACUUUACUGUCAAGGGUACUAGAAACCUUAGCACCUAAUAUAGUUAGUGGGCAUUUACUGGAAAAUAUGUCUGGAGGGAAAUAAUGGGGUAGGAACACUUACAAUGGAAGUCCCUUGGGUUUGAGUGCAUACUUCUAAUAUGAAAACACUGAGAAAAGGAUAAAGAAGGGAUCACUGCUUCCCAACAUGCAGCAAAACAGGCAUAUGUGUGAUCUUCACAUGAUAGAUGUACACAAGUGUACUAUACUCUUUCCUAUACUUAUGCAAACCAUUGUAAGAAAAAUGCUGCCUAUGAGGUACAUCUAAAAUAAAGUGGUGUUGGAGGCUUUGAGGUAAGUAUCAGUCCACACUGAAAGGUAGCCUUUUCAGCAUUGCUUAGCUUAGUUUUUGAACUGAAUAAAACAAAUAUGUGAUCAAAAGCAGAAAAGAGACCCUUGCAAAAGGACAAAGGCAAUCUUCCUGGUUGACUGAAGAGAAGAAAGUCUGUUUAUCAACGGGAAAGGUAAAACAGGGUAUGGAAAUGUUUUGGUGAGCAACACCUGGACACACAUGGGCAAUGAAUGUGCCUACAUAGUGAGAAAAAGAUAUAGGGUGCACUUUAAUACUCAUAUUAUGAGGCAUAUAUAAAAAUAAGAAAGAUACUGAUUUAUUCUCUACAUUUCUUUUAUACAGAACCGAAAUCUAGAAAAUUCACUCUCUACAUUUGUGCAAGAAGAAAAUGUAGAUAAGAAGUAUCAAGGUGAGGAAUCUAUCCUUACACAUAUUGCAGAAAAUGGCUUUAUUUGGGGGGGGGGUAUACAUGUCUGUGUUCUGGCGAAAGAAAGUUGUGGCAGACAGGAGCCACUACCAUGCCACCAUGAUUAACUGUUAUUGCUUUAUAAAUAAACAAACAUGAUGGGGACAGAAGGCAAAGGUUUACUCCUUUUCCCUAAUUUCCAAAUUGCACCUGUACCUAGGCCCAUAUAAAUCAAGUGAUAAAUUUCUCUGGAUUACAUUAUAAUCAAAGCCUAGUCCAAUUCUCAACUAAGAGAAACUAAGUGUCCAUUGCCCUUUUUUACAGUAGUGUACAUGAGCACAUAUAUGGAUAUGCACCUGUUUUUUCAUGUACAGGCAACGGCCAACUGACGUGUGAUUGCACACGCGCACACAGUGCCUAACCCAGAAGUGACCCAAAAAUGUCACUAAACUAUCACUAACAUAGUGGAAUGGGGGUGGGGUGAAAAACUUUAUGCAGGCCCCACUAACAUGCAGGGGAUCCUGAAUGUAACCUCUGCAAAAUGAGGAUUGCCUGUACUGUAUAUAUAAACAGGAAUUUUAAAAUAGUUUCUGUAUACUCACAAGUACAAGGGAGAGGAUGGCAUAUAUUUCUAACAGAAGAGUGGCAUCUGUAGUUUGUUAAGGGUACUGGGAUUGUAGCUCUCUGAGGGGUCAACUACAGUUUCCAGAAUUCUUUGGAGGAUGUUAUGUGCCUUAAAUGUGCCUUAAAAUGUAUAGUGUGGAUUUGACCAUGUUGCUGCUUUUCAGUUAAUAAUUUCAACAUUACCAAAAAGUGUCUUUCAGCCAUAAAAUACCUGGAUAUACAGAAACUUUUAAAAGUUCCAUCUGAAAGUUAAUAAUUAAUCAAUAAUACCCCACCCAUCUGACUGGUUUUCCCCAGCAACUCUGUGCGGCUCCCAACCGAAUAUUAAAAACACAAUAAAACAUCAAACAUUAAAAACUUCCCUAAACAGGGCUACCUUCAGAUGUCUUCUAAAAGUUGUGUAGUUUUUUAUCUCCUUGACAUCUGAUAGGAGGGCGUUCCAUAGGAAGGGCGCCACUGCCUGGUUCCCUGUAACUUCUCGCAGUGAAGGAACUGCCAGAAGGGCCUUGGACCUCACUGUCUGGGCUGAAUGAUGGGGGUGGAGACGCUCCUUCAGGUAUACUGGGCUAAGGCUGUUUAGGGCUUUAAAUGUCAGUAACAUCACUUUGAAUUGUGCUCAGAAAUGUACAGUACUGGGAGGGAGACAGAUGCACCCCACUCAGAAGGGCAUUUCUCAAAUACUGAACUGCCACCAAGGCUGUAACAUGGGUCAACACCAACUGGGCACUAGCCAGAGGUGUAACCACCAACAGAGUUUAUACUACUGGUUGUAGGGACUAAGAUGGUUGAUAGUAGGAGAGGUGCUCUUUUAGGUACAUGGGUCUCAAGGUGCCAUCAUUCACUUAUAACCAGUACAGCACUUUCAGGACCCAUUUACCAAUUUUGCAAGAUAGUGGUAUUUUAAAAAUUCAAAAAAGAAAAUGGGAUUUGGCAUCCACUUGAUAAAUAAGGCUGGCAAUAUCCGCUGUUGUGCUUUUGCACACUUUCUGGGUUUUUUCUUUUUUUAAGGUAAGCAGACGACCACCACCCCAUGCCUAGAAAAGAAAAAGAUAGUGGAAUGUAUGGGAGGAGUGAGCAUAGGGAGGGGCAAAAAACUCAGACAACCCAGAUGCAUUCUACCAAGCUCUACCCAUUGGUAUGGAAUCACAAUUAAAAUUGUGACUGAAAAAACAGGGCUAUUCAGCUCUACUUGGCAGUUGUGGUAGCAGGAUGCCACAAUUGGAUUUUGUCCUUAUCUUUCUUUGCAGACACUCCAGGGGGCAAUAUUGAGCUAUAUCAGAGUAUUUGUCACAGACAUUUAUCUUGCAGUGUACUGAAUUUAUAGCAGAAUAUAGGCUUUCUGGUUGCAGAGGAUAUUUUGAAGACAUUUUACGUUCCUUCAUCUUACCUCUGUCUUUCCACCAUGUAGAACUCGCUUUGGGUAAGCAGAACAUCCCAAUAAUUGAUCCAGAGAUCAAGAUCAAGGGUCCCCAGCCACUCCUCGUAGCUAUGAUUCCAUCAAUAGAACAGCGACGGAGCCUCACAAAGUCACCCAUCAAACAACACCCAUUUUCCUUCCAUUUACAGCCUGAUGAAGAACUUAAUGAGAAACAGAAUGCAGGUACAGGACUGGGGUAGUUAAGCAGACAAAUUUACCUGUGAUGUUAAGGGACAGAAUGAGCAUUUAGGAGUGAAUGAUCCUAAUAAGAAAAUUUUGCCAGAUGAAGAAGACAAAUUUAGGUGUGAAUCUGGACAAGAUGGGUACUUGUUCUCUUUGAUUGGAAUGUCUGUCAGACACCAAAUCUAAACCAUUGUAUUAAGUGAAACAAGACAUUGAGGAAAAUUCACAUCAUUGCUGACUUUAGUCCAGCCAGAAAUGCACUACUGUUAUUUAGUUUUGAUUUGGCAUUUGUGUUUCCUUUUACUUCUUUACAGGCACUUGUGUUUCAUCUGAAUGUCCUCGUGGUCUUGGAGUCAAACGACACAGGUACUACCGGGUCAGAACUCCUCCUGGGCACCAUGACAGCCUCCUGAAAUGGCAUUGAUUUAAUUGUCUAACUUUAGGCCUUUUCACUUACAAUUUACUUACAUGAUGAUACAUGUGCAGGAAAACAUUACAUGUACUUCCAGGAAGCAAGGUGGAUUACUCUUUUGCAUCAAAAACAACAAAGUGUCUUGUGGCACCUUAAAGGCAAAUACAUUUAUUGUGGCAUAAGCUUUUGUGGAAUACAGUAUACUGCAAAUAAGUAUUUCAUCUGUGUUUUUGGACCUCAUUUACAGCCACCCUCAUCAUGUAUACAACCCCCCUCCCACCCCAAGAAAACCAUGUGAAUGCAUUGUUCCCAUAAGGAAUUGCCGUAUUUUUCGCCCUAUAGGACGCACCGUGCCAUAAGGCGCACCUAGUUUUUUGGGGGGGAAAUAAAGGGGGGGAAAUUAUUUUCCCCCCAGGCGCGGGGCUGGGGCGGGGGAAGCCCGAGCUUCCCCCGACCCCAGCCCCCAAACAGGCAGCUCUCUGCAAGCCGUGGGAGCCCAGUGCUGGCUCCCGCUGCUUGCGGAGAGGUCCGCGAAGCCUGGACACGCUGAGCUCAGCGCGCGCAGGCUUCAGCAUGCAGGCAACUCUCCGCAAGCAGCGGGAGCCCAGCGCUAGGCUCCCGCUGCUUGCGGAGAGGUGCGCGAAGCCUGCAUUCGCCCCAUAGGACGCACACACAUUUCCUCUUCAUUUUUGGAGGGGAAAAAGUGCGUCCUAUAGGGCGAAAAAUACGGUAUUUAGUGUUUAAGAGGCCACAAGACGCUUAUGGUGUUAGGUUUACAGUUAUGUGUGUAGUGUGAUGUGAAUGCUCUUUACAUGCUGAGGCUGUGUAAAGGGCAUGCUCUGUACUCACUGACUGUUGCCUGGUGUGUGUGUAUUAUAAUCAGGUUAAACUAGGUGAAUUGAGGCUGGGUGGCUAAUGUGUGGUGUGAUGUAGUUUCUAUUUCAUGCAAGGUGAAACUUGGAAAGUAGCCUUGGCUAGUUGCUCUUCAUUUAUCUUUGAGCUAUAUGAUAAUUCAACAAAUAAAAGGCUACUCGGUUGAGACACACAAAAGUACCGGUAAUCUUUGUCAGCAUUCCAGCGAUUGCUAAUCUUGCUUGGUAAAACAACCACCACUGUAUUGUAUUCUCUCACCUUUUAGAACAUGAAUGAAAAUCAGAAAUCAAGGCCAAACUACAUGCUUUAUUAUGCUUUAUUGCAUUUGUCUCAGGAUUUUUGUUAAAUGGCCACUGGAAACUUGUUGGGAUUAGGACCAUGGUAGGGCCCAUUUUCUACUGUGUUGCAGUCUAAAUGAAAUUUGCUCCUGGAAACUGCUUCUGUUGUUAGGGAGAAGCUCCUUCCCUCCCCUCCCUGUAUACUGUGGUCCUGUUUCUAUUCAGGGGUCCUUGCAACUGUUAUUUAACAAACAAUGCCCCCCAGACAUGUUAAAUACAAUUGCUCAAGUUAAGAGUCUAACCCUGAUAACUGACAUUUUCCUGCUUUGAACUGCAUGAAAUGCUAAUACCUUUAGGUUGUGGAUAAGCCUUGGUCCCUGCUAUGCCUUUGUGAAAUGAAUUUCUUUCACUCUCAAUUUAUUAAUUAAUUACAAGUGCUUGUAUACUACUUUUUAUCUACAAUACAGUAUUUGAAAUUUAAUUAUUUAAAAUAACUAUUUUUCUCUCCCAACCCUUUUUUUAGGUCCAUGUGGUGGAAUCCUGAAGUGCCUUCUGUGACUUUAAUGCUGCGUCGAAGUCUUUCUUUGAAAUCUCAUAGCAUUAUUGACAACAAAAAUCUGUGGAAUCUGAACCAAAGCAGGUCACAGAUUAUUCCCUACCGAGAAUACAAAUGGAAACCACUCAAAAUUGACUACAUGGUUCUGAAGUCUGAAAAUGAACAUCAUGCCAAAGUCAGGGGAACUCCAAACAUGAGUGGACAAAAAUAUUCAUUACUGAAGAACAGAGAGGGUAAUCCAAAGGCAAAGUUUGUGCACAAGGAACAUCUUGUGCCCUCCUAUGAAGCCAUAGACUUUUAAUAACUCACAAAGAGUUAAUUUGUUAGAAGGAAAGCUGGCACUCUCCUGUUGCAGGCCUAUUACAAAUGUUUAGCACAAAGUCUACUGCAUUUUGAUGAUGAGAGAAUUUGGAGUGUUGAUAAAGAGGAUGGGAGAUUUCAGUUGUCUUAUUUUUAUAGGUUUGUAGCUGAGAUUAACUAAUAUGAAAGGGCAAAGCUUUCCCCCCUGUUAAGAUCUUUGGUUAGUACAAUGCAUUUCAGGAAGAACACAUAAUUUCCACUCCUAUAUUUUAUUCAUAAAGUGAAAAUGUAGGAAGUACUUGCAAGGAAGUAUUGGCAGGUAGGACGUGCUGAACCUCCUUGCCCGCAGCUUCUGCAGAUGCCUCACAUGGCUAUUUUUAAUUAUUCCCCACCAAGUCAGGGUCGAAAAUCAGAAGAGGAGAAAGAUCCAGUGGGCAUAGGAUGACUCAGUGAGUGUGAGGGGUUAAACAGCAUUUCCCUCAUGCUAAUUCUCUAUAAAUUCCACUUCUACCAUCAGACACACAUUCCCCAACCCUCCACCAUUACUUCCCAAAUUCACAUUUACUGAGGUUGCAUGUCAUUCCACCAUUUUUUUCUUUUUGUAAACCCCCCCAAAAGUUUCCUAUCAAAUGUGUACAUGAAUUAUUAUUAUUUUAAUGAUGAAGGGUGAAUAUCUGAAAACUUACGUUGAAUUAAUAAUAGAUGAUUGUGUAGCAGUGGGCACAAUAAUAACAGAAACAAUUCUGUUGCUGUAAUGUUGGAACCACACAAGGAAAAAAUGCAAUACUCAGGUACAAGUUUUGUUGCAUUUUUACCUCUAAAGUGGUAUUGUUACUCUUUGUGAGUGAAAAGUAUGUCUUGUUGAGCAUUAAACAGCAUAGUAAAGGUACUGAAGGUGCAACUCUUUUUUUUUUAAGUUUCCAGUUGUCAUAAAAUAAUUGUUAGUGUUCUAAAACACACCCAAAC